AUGUCCAAGCGAAAGCAACCCUCUAUUUCAACCAAAGAUAGGUCAACUGUGCUAAGCAGGCAACCCUCGAUUUCAACAAAAGAUAGGUCAACCUCGCGAAAGCGUUCGAAUUCAACCAAAGAUAGGGUAACCUCUCUCCUUCGGAUAGAGCCAUUGUCAUCUUCAAAUCCAACCCUAGUUCAAGAUAGGAUUAAUGACCUUCCUGACCCAAUUCUGUGUCACAUUCUCUCUUAUCUCUCAACCAAAUUAGCUGUCCGCACAAGCAUCCUCUCAAGGAGGUGGAAAACAAUAUGGCUUUCUGUCCCUACUUUUGAUAUGUUUGAUUUUCACCCAAAGAAUGUUGUAUGCUCAGCCAUACAAGCCAUGCUAUCUAGUGACAUCAAAUCGCCAAUACCAUUAGUCCGCUUUAUGGGUUCCGAUCCCGAAAUUGUCAACAACCUUGUCACCUCAGCAAUACAGAGAGGGGUUGAAACCCUAAAACUUAGUCUGUAUUGUUCAACUUUAGAGAUGAAAUCUCUUUCAAACAUACUCACUUGUAAGACUCUCACUGUUCUCAAGUUGUUAACUUUAUGGUUUCUAAUUUUUUUUGGUUUGUAA